AGGCGCGUUUUAGCCGCGACUACCGUGUUCUCAUCCGGCCGAGGGGUUUGUUCUUUUUCAGACUCUCACAAUCAGUCUGUCAGCACCAAAAUAUUUGUGUGUGUAGCGGUAGUGGAAUGGUUGAAGGGGAAAAAGAAUCAUCGAAAGAAAUAUCAACAUCACCGUUUCAUGAGAAAACUUUAAAACUCUCUGAGAAAUUUUAAUUGAUCGGGCUCCAGUUCACCCAAUCAAUGCCCAAUGUGCCAGACGGUUGAGGACAGUCUCGGAAAGUGUCCGCAAUGAAACGGCCUGGAUUUAUUCAAAAAACAGGAGGAAACAUUUUCUGCCGAAUAAUCGAUUAAUAGACCGGUCUAACCUAAGCCCUUUCGAAAACAAACAGACUCUUCGGUGCCACGCAACAUCGCGUUUUGAGAACCUCUGGCCUCGUGAGAGAGCGCGUACGUACUGUGCGUCGCUAUAAGUUGCGAUCGUGAUCCGAGCCCCGGGAGGAAAGGAGAUACUUAUCAGCGCGGACGUAACGUGUGUGGGACUGCAGCCAGUGUCUCGCGUGGAGAUCAAGCAGGUUUCCGACAUGAAGGCUAUAAUACAGCGAGUGUCGAAGGCUUCGGUUUCAGACGCUGACUAGUGAAUUGUAAAAUUCAACAAUAAUUUGCAUUUAACAAUUAAUAAUGGCAACUUCUGAAGAGAAGAGAGUUAUACAAAAUGAGAGUAGCAAAUCAGGAGGACAAGAUCAAGAUAAGAUUGUAGAGACUGGUGUACGAGACACAAGAGUAGAAAAACCAAAAGGCGAAUUAUCCAUUCCUAAAAAUGACACGUCCGUUAAUCAACGACAGACACGCGAGAGUCAGACAGAUCCUGAGGAUACAGAAACUAUAGAACAAUUAAAAAAUCAGUUGGGUGUGUUAAUGAAUCAGCUGGCCACUCUAUCGGCAGAGAAGUCAAAAAUGGAAGCAAACUUCCAAGUGGACAAGAAGCAAUUGAGAAGCGAACGUGACGAAUGUGAGAAAGUAAUUAAAGAUCUGAAAGACAGACUGAGGAAGGCUCAAAAUGUCAAUCAUUCCGAAAUCGAGCAUAUAAAGUGCAAAUUAAUCAUGGAACGGCACGAGAGAGAGAAGGAACACGCCGACCUUAUCAAAAGGAUAAAAGAACUGCAGAAGUUACUGUACGACGAGCAACGUAGCAAGGAACAGCUGGAAGGGCAAUUGAAGACGCAUCUCGCGAAUAAGACGCAAUGCAAGAUUCUCGAAGCCGAGCUAGAAAUUACGAAGACCAAGCUCAAACAGGCCGAAGAAGCGGCGAAGGAGACACCGCCGGUCCUUCUCUCCCUACAAGCCGAGAUGGCCAUGAUGAAGAAGCAACACUUGAAUGCGAUUCGUGAGGAGCAAAAAAGGGCCGCCGCGGCAGAGCAGCAAGCGAGAGGAUCGGUCGUCAUACACGAGACGAGAGUGGCUAGCUUGGAGGCUCGCUUAGCCGAACUCUCCGAGAUCGUUGGAGGCUACGACAGGCUGAGGCAACAGGACCAAUUAGCCAUUCAGAAGUUGAAGGACCAAUUAGCUGCUUUACAGGACACCGAGCACAGCGAGGUCGUUGCCUCGAGUAACCACCCGGAGGAAAUUAUUUCCAAGAUAAAGUCUUUGUAUACUCGCUUGCUGGAUCUCGACAACAAAAAGAAAGAUUCAGCCUAUGUGAAAUCAUUAUUGAAUAGUUUGGAUUUGCAAGAUGAGCAUCCUGAUUAUAAGGAGAAAUACGACACGCUUCUACAAGAAUUUGAAGACUACAAGCAUCAAACGAUGUGCAAAUAUAACAUGUCUAACGCGCUUCGUAGCACUCAACAACAGAGGCACGGUCUAUCUUUGAUGCAUGAUAAGGAUCACGACAAGACCCAAUUGAAUCUUCUUAAGGUUCACAACAGUAAUUUGGAGGAAAGGAUACGUAUGAUCAACAACGAAAUGUUGAAUAAAGAGAGAACUUUGCAGGAGCAAUUGGAGCAUCAACAAAAGAUGUUUCAGGAAGAACACUCGAAGCUGGAGCACACGUUGCACCAAAAAGAUAACGAGUAUCGUAACAGAAUAUCCGUACUGGAGCAACAAUUACUGCGGCAAAGAGAGAGGUCCAUGGCACUCGUGGAGGAAAAGGACAAAGAGAUAUUGACCUUAAAGACAUCAUUUCGCGCAUUAUUACCUAACAAGGAGACCGCUGUUACGAUGGAAAGCAAGACACACUUGAAGAGAUACGAGAAUACCAUCGAGCCGGUUACCGAUUUGGUAACGGGAUUAUUGACGAGCGAUAGCCCCCCGAUACUGCAUUACACUCAGGAAUUGGCCAGGAAAGAAGUGCAGGUGUCAUCGUCAAGGAAAAAGGUUCUGGAAUUGGAAGCGACGUUGCGAGAGCAACAGAGAGAAAUGCUCCAUAUGAAAGAACAGCAACAGGAGGAGAUAAAACGGUUGAAGGCGCAUAUCACUAGGCUGGAAGCGUGCAAAUCGAGGGAAGGUGCUAAUCUGGAAUACCUGAAAAACGUAUUUAUAAAUUACUUAACGACGAACGACGCGUCGAGCAAACGACAUAUGUUAAAUGCCAUUUCAACAGUAUUGCGUUUUACACCCGAUGAGCUGAGUAAAGUUAAACAUUGAGAAUAGAUAUUUUUUUAUUAUAUGAAUAUAUUUCUCAUAUAGAAAAAAAAUAAA